UUGCAUCCCCAACACGUUAAAAAACACAUGUUCAGUUAAACAGAUUAAUUGCAGGAGAUGAGAAAGAUCUCCUUCUCAGGCUCUGGAGAGUAGCUGCUCGUCAGAGUAGACAAGACUGACCUUGAUAGACCAAUCAGGUAGAAGGCAGCUUCUUGUGUGUGCUCAUAUGACCAAAGGCUCGUCCAUACAAAAACGAUGUUACAAAUUCUAGUUCAGACUUCGCCAUGCUAGUCUUUUCACCAUAAGGUUUUUAGGUUAAAGGGAACUUUUAGGAAACGUUUUAAAACAGUUUCUCUUUCAGUGUGAGUUACGAGUCCAGAUAACUUUGCUCCCGUAUUUAUUGCUGUUUGUGUUUCUUUCUUUCUUUAUUUCUCACGUAUUUGUUCCAUUCGUUUAGAAAUCACUUCUUUGACUGAAAAUCUUCAGAACUUGCUAUGUCAUUCAAUGGAACUGUCCUUAUCAAAGUGUGAUAUGUGCUUGUGUAGGGAAGUGUGAUUGGUUGCUAGGAGAACAUUUUCUUCCCUGGUACCCCCUAGUGGUGCAUUCUUGAAGGUGCAAUUCUUCACACCUUGGAUAAAGAUUUAAAAGCUUGUCUCUGUUUAGCUCCUUUUUUUGGAUCUUGAGGGACUUGCUAUAAUAACAUCUAAGAAUCCUUGAAUGGACUUCGAAGCUUAAAAAGAAGGGUAUCUCCUCCCUGUGUGAAGUGGCCUCCCAUCAAGCAUUUGUGGACAAAAUGGCUACUUUGAGCCAACCUUUCCAGAUUCUCCUAGAACAGGGAGCGAACCCUUGUAUGAAAAUAGAGGGAUCACCGCAAACAAGUCCUGCUGAAGAGGAAAGUGUGGUCCCUCGUGUCAUCCAGGUGGGGACUAUUGGGGAGUUUUUAGGCUGGGUGGCCCCCCAAAAGUGGGCUCAGGGACCUAAAGAGGGGCUGGCCCAGUGCUGGGAAUCCCAGUGGCAGGAGGUCUUGAAGGCUGUGCAGCCCCAUACAUCUGGACAGGAAACCCCCCAGGAAUCAAAAGCUUUGGCAUGGGGUGAUACAAAGGCCUCUUCAGAGGCAAUCUCUGAUGCUAGCCAGUGGCCUAGAGGAGAAGGGCACACUAAACUCCUGGUGGAUUACAACAGAGGCGGUCUGCAGGUGUUGAGCAAUGGCAAAAACAGGACAGGGAAAGAAGAGACCAUGAGAAAGGAGGCCCUCAACGCAGAGAUGAAGCGCCAGUGUUUCAGGCAACUGAGCUACCAGGAAGCUGAAGGGCCCCGCAAGGUUUGCAGCCAACUCUAUGAGCUUUGCCUUCAAUGGCUGAGGCCAGAGAGACACACCAAGGAGCAGAUCCUGGAGCUGGUGAUCCUGGAGCAGUUCCUGGCCAUCGUGCCUCAGGAAAUCCAGAGCUGGCUCAGGGACUGCUGUCCUCAGGCUUGUUCACAUGCAGUAGCCCUGGCAGAGGAUUUCCUGAAGGGCCAGCAACAAGAGGCCAAGAUGUUGGCACCAGAUGAGGAUGUGGUUGUGGUCUCCUCUGACACAGAGGGGUCUCUAUUGGGCCCAAGACUGGGAUAUUUCUGCCAGGAAACUCAGCUAGAGGAUGGGCAAGGUUCCAGCUUAACAGGGAAAGACAGAUGCCUGCAUGUUUAUCCCAUUUCAUCAGGCGAGGGAGCUCUGAAUGGAAAUGAUUUGGGUCCUUCUCAGCAGGGAGGUUCUGAGUUGCCGAUACCAGUUGGGAUACUCUCAGGGCAAUCUGGGGUAUUUGAAGGCUGUUGUGCCCCUCAGCAGGCGCAUGGGACAGAGCCACCUCUGACUUGGGAGGAAGUCACUCGCUGCAGUGAAAAUGUGUAUGAAACUGUGGUUCAUGUGGAAGAGCAGAGGCACUGGUGCCUCGACUGCGGCGAGAGCUUCCAAGACUCUUCACAACUCGUUCAGCACCAGCAGUCACAUCCGAGUCCCAAGCGCACAGAGUGCCCAAAAUGUGGGAAGAACUUCCGAGACCUGUCCCAUGUCCUUCGGCACCAGACAGUCCACACAGGAGAGAAACCAUACAGCUGUCUUGAGUGUGGGCAAAGCUACACCCAGAAACCAGCCCUCAUUAGACACCAGCAGAGACAUCGGGAAGGUUUUGAAAGUGUUGCUCGACGCCGGAGAAGCCACACUGGUUGCAAGCGCCCCCAGUGCCAGGAGUGUGGGAAGAGUUUCCGAGACCUUUCCCAUGUCCUCCGGCACCAGACGGUCCACACGGGUGAGAAACCUUACAAGUGCUCAGUGUGUGGACAAGGCUUUACUCAAAAACCAGCCCUCAGUAGGCACCAGCAAAAACAUCUGGAAUCCAAGCCCUACAUAGCAGGCAACGGGGAACUGCAUGUGAAUGGAGAGAAUGCUUGCUUUAACCCACUGGAAUCUGCGCAGAGUUUGUCCAGAACGUCCCAAGAGAAUGCUUCUAGUACCUUUAUGAAUGGGUGCACAGUAGAGUAUCAGCCUAUGGAGAAACCGCCAUACAGACCAAUGGUGGAAGGUACCAAACCCUCGAAAAAAAACCCAAACCGUCGGGGACAAAAGAACUACUGGUGUAUCAUGUGCGGAAAAGGCUUCCGGGACAAAGCGGACGUUGUUAGGCACCACCGAAUCCACACAGGUGAAAAACCCUAUGAGUGUCUGGACUGUGGGAAGCGGUUCAGUACCACCUCAUCCUUAUACAAGCAUCAGAUAAUCCACAAGCGAACUGAUCCACAGAUAGCCACUUAAUCCUCGGGUGAAACUUUACAAAGGUCCAGAAGGAGAUGGGGCUGGUCUGAGAGGCAGGCGUGGGAGAGAGUCACAUGCCUCAGAAAAGGGUCAUUCGGAAAAACCUCGUCGUACUAUCAGUGUGAAACAUUAGAGAGAGUUGAUGGAUGUGCGGGUUCUUUGUUGCUUGGACAAAACAAUUCAAAGUAGCCAGCCAAAUUCUUGUCCCUACUUUAGCACUCUGUAAUAAUACACGUAAAGAUUCUUACUAUUGAAAAUAGUUAAUGUUAAUAUAUUACCGCUGACAGUAGCACUUGACAGGGGAAACCUUUGCGUGCUUUCCCUCUUACAAAUACCAAUUUCUUUCUUAUUUUAAAUAAAUUAA